AAGCACGCGAGCGCUGGAAAUCGCCCUCGACUCGACCAUCAUCAUCGCCAAUCCGCCAUCGCCAUCAUCUCCUUCGCUCUCUCUCUCUCAACGUCGCACCGCAACGUACGCCCCUCUGCGUUUCUUCUUCCCUCUCUCUCUCUCUCUCCCUAUUUCUCUCUCCUCGUCGGUUGAGCUUUUCGCUUUGGCGUUACACUACGGCCUUGACUUCAUCUUCUUCUUCACCGCCCCCGCGGCACAUGCACCGCCUGAUCCCAGCCGUUGUCGCGGGAGCGCCGGUUCGUCUUUCGAGGGGGAAGGGCGGUCGCCGUUGAACUCCAGCGCCUCGCCGCCUCGGAAUUGGUUCCGCGUCGUUGUAUUCCGACCGGUCGCUUCUCUCGUCGUCGUCGCGGAGGAGCUCGCGGGGGGGACUGCGCGAUCCAUGUCUCAUCCGGUCGAUCAGGCCGCGCGAACGUGCUCUGAGGGUCCCUCUGGUCAUGAUGAAAGAAGGGAAAGGAAGUCCGAUUUCGAGACUUCAGAGGAUGACCGCAGGACAAAGAUUGGUAAUCUGAAGAAGAAAGCGAUCAACGCAUCUAGUAAAAUCAGACGCUCUCUGAAAAAGAAAGGCCGCAGAAAAAGUGAUCCUCGCCUUAGUUCUGUUUCAAUUGAGGAUGUUCGCGAUGUAGAGGAGUUAAGGGCUGUAGAUGCAUUUCGGAGGGCACUUAUUUCUGAUGAAUUGCUACCUUCAAGACACGAUGACUAUCAUAUGCUCUUGAGAUUCUUGAAAGCAAGGAAAUUUGAUGUUGAGAAGGCAAAAUGCAUGUGGGCAGACAUGAUCAAAUGGAGGAAAGAGUUUGGCACGGACACAAUUCUCGAGGAGUUCAAUUUCACUGAGAUAAACGAAGUCCUAAAGUACUAUCCUCAGGGUUAUCAUGGAGUUGACAAGGAGGGAAGACCUGUUUAUAUUGAAAGUCUGGGAAAAGUUGAUGUUAACAAACUAAUGCAAGUAACUACCAUGGAUAGAUAUAUCAAAUACCAUGUUCAGGAGUUCGAAAAGAGCUUUGUGAUCAAGUUUCCAGCUUGUUCGAUUGCUGCUAAGAGACAUAUUGAUUCAAAUACAACUAUAUUGGAUGUGCAAGGCGUGGGCUUUAAGAAUCUGACCAAACCUGCUCGAGAACUUAUCAUGCGGCUGCAGAAGAUUGAUAGUGACAAUUAUCCUGAAACACUUUCCAGAAUGUUCAUCAUUAAUGCUGGUCCUGGUUUCAAGCUUAUCUGGAGCACAGUGAAGUCUUUUCUUGAUCCCAAAACUACUAACAAGAUACAUGUUCUCAACAACAAGUACCAAACCAAACUAUUGGAAAUAAUUGAUGCUAGUGAACUACCAGAAUUUCUUGGCGGUAGCUGCACUUGUGCUGCAGAGGGGGGUUGCCUAAGGUCUGACAAGGGCCCCUGGAAAGAUCCCAGCAUUUCCAAGAUGGUUCUUAAAGGUGAAGCACAGUGUUCUAGACAAAUUGUGACCGUUUCAAGCUGCAAUGGCAGAAUUGUUGCCUGUCAUAAACCAACUCAUCCAAUGAUUAAAACGAGUGAUACAUCUACAGCCGAGUCAGGCUCUGAAGUGGAAGAAAUUGUUUCUCCUGUAGCAACCAGGAGCUACGUACUUCCAAUAUUGACCCCAGUCUGUGAAGAAGCAAAGAUGAUGAAUAGGCCUAGCUACGCUAGCCAUGGUGUGGUGUAUGAUGAGUAUGUGCCAAUGAUUGACAAAGCUGUGGAUACGGCUUGUGAAAAGCAAGGGCCACUUCAGGAACAACAUGUUUCAGGGAUGGAUCCUCUGGUAGCAGAAAAUAGAACUGUGGAGGGGUUAAAUGCCCGUGUUUAUGCUGUGAUCAUGGCCUUCUUGUUAGCCUUGUUAACUCUUUUCCGUUCAGUCCCAUACUGGGUGAUUAAGAAACUUCCCAGAAGCAUGUGGGGUAAUGCUCAUGAUAUUCUCGGCUCCAGCGUUCAACCCAGUGAAGUGUCGCGUCACCGUUCUACUGCACUAAACUAUGCAAAUAUAGAACUUCUGUCAUCAGUCUGGAAGAGGCUGGGCAGACUUGAGCAGAGGAUAGAAAUACUUCAGGCAAAGCCACGUGCAAUGCCUCAUGAAAAAGAGGAGCUGCUGAAUGCUGCUAUUUGCCGUGUAGAUGCUCUCGAAGCAGAGCUAAUCACUACGAAAAAGGCCUUGUACGAAGCGCUGGCGAGGCAAGAAGAACUCCUUGCAUACAUAGAUAGUCAAUCAGCAGCAAAGUCGCAGAAAAAAUCAUGCUGGGGAAGAGAUCGCUCCUAAGAUGGAUGGCAUCCUAGCCGACCGUGAGAUGAUUGGACACUUAUUGUUCCAGUUGUUACACCAAGAUACGCACUAUUCUCUACUACAGCGUGGGUUUGUUCACGCUCAUAUCGCUAUCAGCACUCCUUUUCUUUUCUUUUUUCUGUCACAUGUAUGUGAAUAAGAGCUCCAUUUAUCGCUCUCUAGCAUUCUGUAUUUCCCAGAGUGCUGCUCCAUCAACAUUUGAAACUGCCCAUACCAUCACUAUAUUGUAGAGCACGUCCCGGACGUACGCAUUUGUUUUGCACUCACAACUUGAGAUAGAAUUUAGAUGAAUCCAUCCCCUUUCAUCUGUUCCGCUGAAAACACAACUUGUCCUGCGAGUCCCAUUGCAAUAAAAGGUACCGUCAUAUGAUUACGUUGUUU